CGGUUUAGCUUAUGUUACCAUGGAGAUGGGGCUGGGAUCCGACGUCUCUGUUCUGCGACAAGCAUAGUUUGUAACAUAGUUUGUAGCUUCUCAGUGAGUUCUUAUACGUGUUUACAAGGUAGAUUUAAGGUGGAGACCCCUGGCCCUGAUGAGGAUCAGAGGGCUUUGUUGCAGACUAAGCAAACUCCCUGAUGGCAGGGGCCUCCCCCACCAGAACGAACCCACUACAGCUGGUACCUCAGCUGGCAGUCAGUAUCUCAGUGUGAUUCAGCAGUAACAUGGAGCAGAUCACCGAGUACUUCUUUAGGUACAAAAACUUCAACUUUGCCGCUGGUCUCACCACUUCAGAGUACAUCGAUUCGCUGCAGAACUUUGAAAUCAGAGACAGCGACAUAUUCCUCGUCACUUACCUAAAGUCAGGCACUAUAUGGACUCAGCAGAUACUCAUCUCCAUCUGUGAGUUAAGUGGAGGUCUGAAUGAAUAUCCAAACAACAUGGAGCAGAUGCCAUGGCUGGAGUACAGGGAGGAUCGACCAGACUACUCUCUGAGACCCUCUCCACGGCUCUUCACCUCUCACCUCACCCCGGCUUUCAUGCCUCUAGGGCUGAAGGACAAGAGGGCAAAGAUCGUCUAUGUGAUGCGGAAUCCAAAGGACAACAUCGUCUCUUAUUACCACUUCAGCAGCGUCUGCAGCGUCAUGGAGACUCCCAAGAGCUUUGAGAACUUCCUGGAGCAGUAUUUGGCAGGAAACGUUGGAGGAUCGUCCUGGUUUGACCACAUCAGAGAGUGGCAUUCAAUGAGAGACCAGUACAACAUCCUCUUCCUGACUUACGAGGACAUGAUUUUGGACCUGAAAGGAGCUAUAACUAAGAUCUGCAGGUUCUUGGGGAAAAACCUCAGUGAAGCAGCCAUUGAUCAUGUGAUGGAAAAAUCUACGUUUGCGAACAUGAAGAAUGACGCCAAAGCCAACUAUGAGUUUGUGCCAAAAGACAAGAUCAGUGGAAACUUCAUGCGCAAAGGUCAGAUCGGCGACUGGAAGAACAUCUUUACUGCUGCUCAGAGCCAAAGAGUCGAUCAGCUGCUUCAGGAGAAACUCGGCGAUCUGUCUCUGAAGUUCAUCUGGGAGUAAGCAGAGAAGCCACAGCAGCCUUUAAAGGUGCUAUAUGUGAGUUUUUACUACGUAGCUAACGUUAGCAUUAACAACUGCAACUUCAUUCCUUUACUCAGCAAGAGCUGUUUCCAGUGAUGGAGAGCAACACCUAUGCUAACUUGUUUCCUAUUUUUAUCACUUCUUUUCUACUACUGAAGUUAGCAUACUAACAAGCCAGCCCAUCUUGUAGCGAGAAAAAGAACAACUGUGGCUCUGUGGUGUUAACAAGGAAGUAAAACUGAGGUUUAAAAAAAUUGCAAACAUGGCUGAAUGAAACAGCUGCUUAUGCUAACAGUUGCUAUGUAGCAAUAGCAAAAACACACAUAUAGCUCCAUUAAGAUGUUUAUGGUCUCAUUCCUAGAAAACUAACAUCACUAAACUCUUUAAGACAGUGUAUGCAGCAGCUAAUGAAUGAAGGUUACCCCUUAAAAUGAUUUCUGUAUGAUUGGACAAUGAAAUAAAACACCAGUAAAAGCA